CCUUCAGCUAAUCCUUGGAACAAAGAGUAAGCCACAUUUGGUUGACACCCUUGUGAUGGCCAAUUUGGGUUAUUGGCAAAUGAAAGUCUCUCCUGGGGUUUGGUACCUGCAACUUGCACCAGGCAGAAGUUCUGAGCUUUAUGUUCUCAGCGAAAACAGUGACCAAAAUCAUCAAAAAUCUUUAUCAAAGCGUAUUACCAUAGAUGAUUUACGGGGUAAGGUAGUCCACCUGGAAGUAAUGAAGAGGAAAGGAAAGGAGCAUGAAAAGUUGCUGGUUGUUGCUGAUGAUAACGACCGUUUAACAGAGAAGAAAAAGGGAAAUCAUAAUAGCUGGAACUCUAACUUUUUCAAAUGGGCUUCUGGUUUUAUUGGGGGUAGCGAGCAAUCAAAAAAGGAUGCAAGCACUUUAGCGGUUUGUUUCACCUGCACCUCACUAAAAAACACAUGUUUUGGGUUUUUAUUUCCAUAAUUUACAUUUACUUUU